UUUUCGCAAUAUCAAAUCACCUUUCAUACUACUGAUCAACUUCCUCACUUGAUCAGUCUUCCAAUUACUCUACUUCAACCUCAACCUCAACCCCCCUUCUACUAAGUCAUACUUCCACUACAUCAUGGGAAAGAAGGCUAUCCAGUUCGGCGGUGGUAACAUCGGCCGUGGCUUCGUCGCCGAGUUCCUCCACAAGGCAGGCUACGAAGUAGUCUUCGUCGAUGUCAUGGACAAGAUGGUCGAGGCUCUGCAGCAGAACAAGUCGUACAAUGUGACUGAGGUCAGUGAGGAGGGUGAGCACACCACCACCAUCACCAACUACCGUGCCAUCAACUCCAAGACCCAUGAGAGCGAUGUCAUCCAAGAAAUUGCUACGGCUGAUGUCGUGACCUGUGCUGUGGGUCCCAACAUUCUCAAGUUCAUCGCCCCUGUCAUUGCCAAGGGUAUCGAUGCUCGCACAGAGUCUAAGCCUGUCGCGGUUAUUGCCUGUGAGAAUGCCAUUGGUGCUACCGACACCCUGCACGGCUUCAUCAAGCAGCACACUAGCCAGGACCGCGUCGAGUCCCUGUACGACCGCGCCCAGUUUGCCAACUCUGCCAUUGACCGCAUCGUCCCCCAACAGGCCCCCAACAGUGGCCUCGACGUCCGCAUUGAGAAGUUCUACGAAUGGGCUGUCGAGAAGACUCCCUUUGGCUCUGUCGGCCACCCAGACAUUCCUGCCAUCCACUGGGUCGACAACCUGGAGCCAUACAUUGAGCGCAAAUUGUUCACCGUCAACACCGGCCAUGCUACUACUGCCUACUUUGGUCACUUCCGGGGCAAGAAGAUGAUUGCCGACGCUCUGGAGGAUAAGGAAAUUCGUGGACUUGUUCACAAAGUUCUUGAGGAGACUGCCUCGCUCAUCGUGACCAAGCACGGCAUCUCAGAGGAGGAGCAGAAGGAGUACGUCGAUAAGAUUGUCAGCCGCAUCUCCAAUCCUUAUCUGGAGGACAAUGUCGAACGCGUGGGUCGUGCUCCCCUGCGCAAGCUGUCUCGCAAGGAGCGUUUCAUUGGACCGGCUUCGCAGCUCGCCGAGCGCGGCAUGAAGUAUGAUUCUUUGAUGGACGCUGUCGAGAUGGCUCUGCGCUUCCAGAACGUGCCUGGUGAUGACGAGAGUGCCGAGCUCGCCAACAUCCUCCAAGAACAGUCGGCGGAAGAUGCCACCAGCAACCUCACCGGCCUGGAAGAGAAACACCCUCUGUAUCCUGCCGUGCUGGAGCGGGUGCGCAAGGUGCAGCAGGGGACGAAGUAAAGGCAUUGCUGUUGUGGCACACUGUCUUCUUUAAUGUUCACGAUUACGAUUACGAAAACUGCGAAAGCAUUCCGAGUCGAUCACCUGCAUGUACAACUGGCCCCGCCGCAGGACGGUGACAGGCCAUCUGGGAUACGGCGAACACUGGUCGGCGCG